GUGGGGGUUAACGGCAGCGGCUCACUCCUUGCUCCUCUCUGGGAGGAAAAACUCCCCACAAACACUACCACUGGCCAGAGGCCAGAGCCAAGAGCAGUGGCUGAAAACUGGAAGUUCAGGCGUGGGCCAGCUGCCUGCGCGGGCACUGGGGGACAGCUGCUCUGCGGCCAGUCCCAAAGCCUGUCUCUGUCUGUGUGUCCUGCUGCGGCCUCGUCUCUGUCCAGUCCCUCCAUCCGCGCCACGGGCCCCUCCUCCCUCUGCCCCCCGGCCCACCUGCCCGCCCCCUCCCCGGCCGUGGAGCCAUGGCCCCGGGCCGCAGGGCCACGGUCAGCCUGGUCCUGCUGGGGCUGGGGGUGGCCCUCGCCGUCAUCGUGUCCGCCGUGGUCCUCUCCCGACACCGCAGCCCCUGUGGUCCUCAGGCCUUUGCCCACGCUGCUGUCGCCGCGGAUUCCAAGGUCUGCUCGGACAUUGGACGGGCGGUCCUGCAACAGCGAGGCUCUCCUGUGGACGCGGCCAUCGCGGCGCUGGUCUGUACCGGAGUGGUCAACCCUCAGAGCAUGGGCCUGGGGGGAGGCGUCAUCUUCACCAUCUACAACGCCAGCACAGGGAAGGUGGAGGUCAUCAACGCCCGAGAGAUAGUGCCCGCCAAGACCUCCCCGGGGCUGCUGGACCAUUGCGCGCCGGCACAGCCGCUGGGCAAAGGGGUCCGCUGGAUCGGGGUCCCUGGGGAGCUCCGCGGCUACGCCGAGGCCCACCGGCGCCACGGCCGCCUGCCCUGGGCGCAGCUGUUCCAGCCCACCAUCCAGCUGCUCCGCGGCGGCUUCCGCCUGCCCGCCGUGCUCGCCCUGUUCCUGAACAGCAGCCUGCUGAAGCCCCACCUGAAAACGUCGUCCCUGAGGCAGCUCUUCUUCAAUGGCACAGAACCCCUCCGGGCUGGAGACCCCUUCCCAUGGCCUGCACUGGCCACCACCCUGGAGACCGUGGCCAGGGAGGGCCCGGAAGCGUUCUACUCGGGGAAGCUGGGCCAGAUGCUGCUGGAGGACAUUGCCAGGGAAGACACUCAGCUGACCAUGCAGGACCUGGGGUCCUUCCAGCCUGAGGUGGUGGACGCCUUGGCCAUGCCCCUGGGGGAGUAUAUGCUGUACUCCCCGCCACCACCCGCAGGGGGCGCCAUUCUCAGCUUCAUCCUCAAUGUGCUCCAAGGCUUCAACUUCUCCUCUGAGUCUGUGGCCAGGCUGGGCGGGCGCGUGGACUUGUACCACCACCUUGUGGAGACGCUCAAGUUUGCUGAGGGGCAGAGGUGGCGCCUCUGCGAUCCUCGCAUCCACCCGGAGAUCCUGAACUCCUCCCAUGAACUGCUGGAGGAGGCUAUGGCCCGGCGCAUCCGGAAGCAGAUUGAUGACCGGGGCGACCACCCGGGCUCCCACUACAGCCUGGCCAGCUCCUGGGCCCCCCGCAUGGGCACUGCCCACGUGUCUGUGCUGGGGGAGGACGGCAGUGCCGUGGCGGCCACGAGCACCAUCAACACUCCCUUCGGGGCGAUGGUGUACUCCCCGCGCACUGGCAUCCUCCUCAACAACGAGCUCCUGGAUCUGUGCUGGAGGCACAACCCACGGGGUGCCAUCCCCGAGCCUGUUCCAGGUGAGAGGCCCCCGUCGUCCAUGGUGCCCUCCAUCCUGAUCAGUAGAACCCAGGGGGCCAAGCUGGUGAUUGGCGGGGCUGGGGGGGAGCUCAUCAUCCCGGCGGUGGCUCAGGCCAUCAUGAAUAAGCUGUGGCUUCGCCUGGACCUGCAAGCGGCCAUCAAGACCCCCAUCGUCCACGUGAACAGCCUGGGCCUCGUGAACUAUGAGCCCAACUUCAGCCAGGACGUCCAGGCGGCCCUGAAGGCGCGCGGGCAGACGGAGAGCAAGAGGCCCUUCUUCCUGAACGUGGUGCAGGCCGUGUUCCAGGAGGGCGCCUGCGUGUACGCCGCCUCGGACCCCAGGAAGCGUGGGGAGGCCGCAGGCUACUGAGCACCCGCCCCCACGGCCCCCCGCACUGUCACGCUGCUGCAGCCCGGGACGGAGCACUUGCGUGGGAUCCUGAUGGCAGGAACAGCUGGGAUGGACACCUGUGGGAGCCCGAGCCCCUCCCAGAGCCCCCCGCAGCCCUGGCCUCCAGCUUCCUCAGGCCUCUUGCCCCUGCACUGUACCCCAACGUCCCCCUCCGCUCCACAGCUGUAUGUCCCCCGGAUUAAAGAGGAGGCUGGGAGCCUGC